CCCGCGACUGCAGGCGGCGCGGCCUCUCACCGGGGCGCGCGGAGGCCGCCGGAGCUCUGGGGGGCCGAGACCACCAAUCCCAGGGUGCUUCGCGCGCGCAGUGCCAAGAAGGUGGGGCGGAGCGGCGCGCACGGCACCCUGGGAGGUGGUGUCUUCCGCUCCGGGGGCGCAGAGCUGCCCGAGGCGCACUCACUGGCACCUGAUUGGCUGUGCCGAGAAAGUGACAGGGCUUCGCGGCCCAGGGCCGAGAGCGGCGAGGAGGCGGGCCAGCUGGGAUUUAGGCGCGAGCGGUUGAAAGUCGGUUGGUAUCAUCGGUUCGGCCACCGAGGUGCCGUCCCACCCCCAGCCCUCUCCAUGGCGGACCCGGAGGAGCUGCGGCUUUCCCCGCAGCCGCUACGGCUUUCCCCGCAGCCGCCGCCCUCCUCUGCCUCGUCUUCAGACGCGUCUUCAGCAUCUUCCCCCGGCACCCCGGGGGGUUUGGGCCGGACGGUUCCGAACAGGAACAGCGGCCGGCCGGUGGACCCGCUGGAGGAGGUGGAGCUGCAGAUCGGAGACGCAGCAUUUUCAUUAACCAAACUUCUUGAAGCUGCAUCUGCUGUAUCAGCUCAAGUGGAAGAGCUUGCCUUCAAAUGUACAGAAAAUGCACGUUUCCUUAGAACGUGGCGGGACCUCUUGAAAGAAGGCUAUGAUUCCUUGAAGCCUGACAACUGAUUUGACUGUAAUAAUCCAUACCACCUCAUUUAUGAUGUGUGCACAUGUACCGUGUGGAUAGGAUAAUCACCAGCAGUUCUGUAUACAGAAGAUGAAAUUUUUCUUGGUUUUCUUCAUUUUGUGAAAACAGAAUAUGAUGUUAUUUUUGAUGCUGGCCCGUUUAUCUUUAAGCAUUUUCUGUUCUCUAAACUUUCAAAGAUUCUUCUAUGGAAGUUAAUUUAAUCAGUAGAUAAUAUUAAUAAUGCCACAGUGCUACCAGUAGCAGGUGGACCAUUAUUCUCUUCAGUUUGCAAGAAGAUACCAAAAAUGGCAGAGUUUGAAGUCGAGCUUUAUUAUAUGGACCAAUGUUAGAUUCAGCUCCAUUAGGCUAAGUUCCCUAGAACCAGUGAUUGUGUCUUAUUACUUAUAUAUGUCCAGCAGCUAGAAGUCUGUUACACAACAAUCACUAAAUGUUUGAUGAAUAAGAGUUGACAACGUAAUUAAAAUCUGUUUUUUCUUCCUGUUUUUAGCAUAAAGAUUAUAAUUGGUUUUCGAAAAGGUAUUUGAGUCAGAACCUCAUUGACCUGAAGGAAAAUGUUAUCUUUUUUUUUAAAACAGGAUUUUGAACUUUAACUGUUGACAGCUUUUUAAAAUAUAUGAUAAAUAUUUUUCACCCUUCUAUGAUGCUUUCCAAAAAAGCUUUUACUGAAACCCGUCUUGAAAGAAUGCCUACUUUUUCCCUAAGGUUAACUGCUUUUAUGGAUAUUUCUCAUAUUUGAUGUUGUUAUAUGUUUGCUCUCUUUAAAGUGCCUUAUCAAAAUUGUGGCUCUGUAUUAUUUUGGAGCUUGGCAAGUAAUAAUUCUAAAUUCUAAAUAUAAUAAUUCUAAACAAGUUACUUUUUAAAAAUGCAUCAAAUUUAAAUGGUGUAAUUAUUUUCCUAUUAUUCGAUCUUCAUGACAGUGUUCUAUUUCACUUGUCCCGUAUCUUACGUUGCGCUCCCUCUCUCUCUCUUUCUCUUUUUUGAUGGGUUUGUGUCGUAUAUGUCAGUGACUGAACCAACUAAUUCUCUUGCUGUGUAACUUCUGGAUGCCUCCGAUACAGUAUCUUACUUCUUUGUAGGUAAGGAGGUAUGUACAGAACUAUAUUCCCAAGCCCCACAAUGGGCCUGUGAAAGGGGACACAUGGAUGGGCAAAGGAUAGUUUUGUUUAGCAUAUUAGGUCAUGGUUCGUGAUUAAUUUUUUUAAGUUAAGGAUAACACAUAUGGUGUGUUCCUAUACCAAAGAGAUGCUUGUUUUGAUAUUAGAAAACUGUUUUUCUUAUGUGUCAUGAAAAUUGCAAUUUUUAAAAUGUACAAAAAUAAACUUUUGUUCAAACCAAAUGUUAUUUCCAUUUCUUUGGGUUCAUUAUUUUAAAACUUUUUACUGAAAUAUUUCAAACCUAACAGGAAAGGUGAAUGAUUUGAAGAACACCCAUGUAUUCUCACUGUGUGGAUUUACUGAAUUAGCAUUUGGUAUGUUUUCUUCAGAUCUAUGCAUGUAUGUAAAUGUUAGAUGCAUUUGAAGCUUGUUUUGUUACCUCUUUGAUCCCAUCCCCUUCUUCUCUCCCCAGAGAUAACCACUGUCCUAGAGGUGGUGCAUAUUCUAGUUUGCGUUCUUGUAUUUUUAAUACGUAUACACGUUUUCAUAACACUGCAAAGUACUGUCCUGAAACUAAUACUGUAAAUCAACUAUACUUCAGUUUAAAAAAAAAACUACUAUUUUGUGUAUGUAGUAACCAGCCUCCAGAGGGCCCCAGUGGUCUUCUCUCGCCUGAAACCCAUGGCCCUGUAGAGUCUCCCACGUUGAAUAGUGCUGACUUGUGUAAGUACCAGCCUAUUGAGGAAAUGCAGUGUGAUUUCCCAGACCAUACCUUUUGUCCAUUUUUCUGUUAUGUUUUGUGUUUCCCUUAUGGAUUUGUAGGUAUUACAUAUUUUGAAUACUAACUAAUGAUCCAUUAUGUAUGUUUCAACCAUCUUUUGUAGUCUGUGGUUUAUUUUUAUAUUUGAUUAUAGAGUCUCCUUGAAUAAACGUUUUUCAUUUUA